CUCCCCUCCCCGGGCUGCUCGGCCGCACCCGUCGGCGGAAACCGCUGGGUCGAGCCGGAUCGGCGCUCGGCGGAGGGUCGAUCGCGGGCGUUGUGCAUCCAGCUCGCCUCCCCGGGGCUGGCCCUCUCGCCGGCCGUGCAACAGCGCGCCCAGAGCCAUGCAGCGCCUGGCCAUGGACCUGCGGAUGCUCUCCCGGGAGCUCUCUCUGUACCUGGAGCACCAAGUGCGCGUGGGCUUUUUCGGCUCCGGAGUGGGUCUGUCCUUGAUCCUGGGCUUCAGUGUCGCCUACGCCUGCUACUACCUGAGCAGCAUUGCCAAGAAGCCCCAGUUGGUGACCGGGGCUGAGAGCUUCAGCCGCUUUCUUCAGCAUCACUGUCCAGUAGUGACCGAAACGUACUAUCCGACGGUCUGGUGCUGGGAGAGUCGAGGACAGACCCUGCUGAGACCUUUCAUCACUUCCAAGCCCCCGGUGCAGUACAGGAAUGAACUUAUUAAAACUGCAGAUGGAGGACAGAUAUCACUGGACUGGUUUGAUAAUGCUAGCAGUAAGAAUUAUUUGGAUGUCGGCACUAGACCUACUAUCUUACUGUUACCUGGCCUCACUGGCACAAGCAAAGAAUCAUAUAUCCUUCAUAUGAUCCAUCUUAGUGAAGAAUUGGGAUACAGAUGUGUGGUUUUUAACAACAGAGGAGUGGCAGGGGAGAAUCUUUUGACGCCGAGAACUUACUGUUGUGCUAACACUGAAGACUUGGAGACAGUUAUUCAUCACGUUCACAGUCUGUACCCCUCUGCUCCCUUUCUGGCAGCAGGGGUUUCAAUGGGAGGAAUGCUGCUUUUAAAUUACCUGGGGAAAAUUGGGUCCAAAACACCUUUGAAGGCUGCUGCAACUUUCUCAGUUGGUUGGAAUACUUUUGCUUGCUCAGAGUCGUUGGAGAAGCCACUGAAUUGGUUGCUUUUUAAUUACUAUCUGACAACUUGCCUCCAGUCUUCAAUUAAUAAGCACCGGCAUAUGUUUGUGAAACAAAUUGACAUGGAUCAUGUUAUGAAGGCUAAGUCUAUCAGAGAGUUUGAUAAGCGAUUCACUACGGUUAUGUUUGGAUAUCAAACAAUUGAGGAUUUUUAUACUGAUGCCAGUCCAAACCGUAGGCUGAAGUCAGUAAGCAUUCCAGUGUUGUGUCUGAAUUCCAUGGAUGAUGUCUUCUCACCUAGUCAUGCUAUUCCAAUAGAAACCGCUAAGCAAAACCCUAACAUUGCUUUGGUUCUUACUUCUUAUGGAGGCCAUAUUGGUUUUCUGGAGGGACUCUGGCCAAGGCAGUCCACUUACAUGGAUCGAGUCUUCAAGCAGUUCAUGCAGGCCGUAAUUGAGCAUGGACAUGAACUCUCUAACAAGUAGUCCCUCCAGUGCAUUUUGUCUGAACCACCACAGAGCAGCAACUCAGCUUAAGGCACAAAUAUUAACUACUACCGAGAGAGCAAAUAAGCCGGCAGGUGGUAAAGAAGUCCAGAAUGACAUGCAAAAACUACUUUUUGGGAAACAAAACGACUUUGUAGCAAGAAAUGAAAUAUAGAUUUAGAUUGUAAUUUGUGUAGAUUUUAUUUUUACUAUGCCUUACCAAGUAUGACCUUAAAGUAGAACAAACAUGAAAUUGCACUUAACCAAAACUAUUGUGUCAAAAGAUUUUAAUUCCUCAGGGUUUUAAUUUAGGCUGGUAUUUUUUUAGAUUACUUAUUUUAAUGGUACUUUAAUAAAUGCUAAGAGUGGUUAUUUGAAUGUAUGUUAAGUUGGCACAUUCCUAAGUAUAUUUAUAUCUAGUAAUGAUAACAUGAAACUGAAAUGAGAUAAAUUACAGUAUGUUAAAUAUUUUAUGUAUUCUAACUUUAGAAGAAAAAUGCAACAAUAUUAGACUCCUAUUGCUCUUUCACUCAUGAAUUAAGGCUGAUUUAAGUUUUAUAAUGAUUAUAGUUCACAUGCUUUUUAAAAAUAAAAUAGAUUGUGUGCAUAUCUGUCAUUAUAUUAAAAUUAAACCUACCAUUUUAAAUU